GGUGUACAUUUGGGAGAAGAGAAUGUGAGAGUGUCGAUUUUGGGUCCACUUGACCCUAAAGCUAAGCUUCCAUUCCCAGUCGGAGAUGAGAUGGUUACUGUCAAAGAUGUUGUGGGGUCUUUUGUUGCUUGGCUGAGGGAUCUUAUAGUUCAAUCCCCUCCCAAUGUUAAGAAGGUAAAGUAACAAGAAUUGGAAUUGAAUGAGAUUAUAUAUGUUACAUGUUGUGUAUUUGUUAAUUAAGCACUUAAAACUAUUUUCAUGUAGAAACAACCUGUGAAGGCUGGUAAGGGUUUGAAGAAGAGGAAAAGGGUAGUAGUCGUUGAUGAAGAGGAGUUAUUUAUCGACUUCAAGAAGCUGCCGAAAGAUUACCCUGCAGCGUGCAAGUGCUUGUGGUUGUGGGUGAAAGACAAUUUGGCAAAUGGGAAGACAAUCUCCUUUCAGAUGGAAGACAAAGUUUUUGGCAUCAACAAAAAGCAAUAUGUGUUUAAGGCAGAUAUUCAUGCCUUGUGUACCAUGGGUGAAUUUUCGGGUGGAGUGAUCUGCAUGUACAUGCUCUACUUGCAUGAAGUCUUGAAGAGAGCAAAGAUGUCAGAGAUGGUUGGCUUUGUGGACCCUUCACAGCUUGGCGCACUUGGAUGUGGAAAUCCAACAGAAAGAUCAUGCCAUCUAGCAAAUAGGUUCCAAAAUGCAAAGAAAGGGCAGAUUUUUAUGUUGCCAUAUAAUGCAGGCAAGCAUUGGAUGUUGACUGUUGUCAAUCCGGAUGAAGAAACAAUCUACUUCAUGGAUCCUUUGAGGAGUCGACUAAUAGGUGACAAAUGGGAGAAGGUUGUGGAGAAUGGUAUCAAAAUUUACAAUGCUCACAGGAAUAGAUCUAGCCGCAAAUCAAUAUUGUGGCAAAACAUGGUGGUAUGUCUAGCUAUUAUUCAUUUGUAGGUUUACACUUUCUACUUUGGUUGGUACAUAUGAUGGUUAGUGCACUGCUGAGCUCUUGUAAUGUACUGUUUUUAGGGUAUUCCGGUGCAGCAAACUGACAAGGAUUGUGCCAUAUUCAUCA